AUGCCGAGCACCUCGGAGGCGGCGGCUUCUUCGUCCGGAGGCGGGAGCGGCGUCCGGGGCUGGGGCGGCUCCGAGUCGCCGGCGGCGGAGAAGAAGCGGUUGCAUCACCGGCGGCGGAAGCGCGGCUCGUCGGUUCAGCCGCCGCCUCAGCCUUCUCCUCCUCGGCCUGCGCCGCUGCCCGCGUCUCCCGCGGCGGCCCCUCCGCUGCUGUUCCCGCUGCUGCCGCCGCCGCCGCCGCAGCAGCCCUCGCUCCUGCAGCCGCCGCUGCCGCCGCAGUCCCUGCUGUUCCUGGCGGCCACCGGCUCCUCCUGCUGCGGGGAAGGGGGGGAGCGGAAGCGGCCCCGGGGCAAGCGGCGCCCGGGGUCCCGGCACAAGCGGCGGCGCGUCCGGUUGCGCGGUGGGGCGGGCCUGUCGGAGCGGCGCGGGAGCGGGGCGGGCCUGGGGCCUCUGGUGGAAGCGGCGGCCGAGGAGUACGACGACGUCAGCUCCCAGUCGGAGGGGCCGCUGGGCGGCGGGACGGCCGGGGCGGGGAGCGGCGCGGGGAGCCCGGGCUCCUCCUCGGGCGGAGGCGCGGGGAGUCAGCCUCGCUCGAGCCGUGCCGAGGCGGAGCGGGGCACCCGGCGGCCGCCGCGGAGGGAGCACCGCAGCAGCAGCGGCCGGCGCUCCCGGGAGCGUCACCGGGAGCACCGCCGGCGGGGGGAGGACAAGGACAAAGCGCCGCCGCCGCAGCAUCCGGAGGGAACGGCCGCGGUUGCCCGGGUAGGGGGAGCCGAGGCCUCCUCCUCCUCUUCCUCCUCCAAGUCCCGUAGCCGCCACAACCACAGCGGCGGCCAGGACCGAGAGGGUCCCCGGAGCAGCAGCGGCGGCGGCAGCGACGGCCGCAGGAAGGGCUCGGCUGUCUCGCCCAGCAGCGGCGGCGGUGGCGGCGGCAGCAGCAGCAGUAGCAGGAAGGACCGGCAGAGCAAAGCUCCGCGAAGCCAGGCGAAAGCAGCCAAGGAGCCUCCUUCUGCUUACAAGGAGACACCCAAGGCAUACCGGGAGGACAAGGCCGAGCCGAAGGCCUACAGGCGGCAACGGUCCUCGCCGAGCCCCUGCCGCGAUGACAGCCCGCCGAGCCACAGGGCCUCGCAGAGCCAGCGGAACCGCAAGUCGCUCAGCCCCCGCUCUCCUCUCAGCCCUUAUCGCCGCCGCUCGCCCAGCUAUAGCCGGCACAGCUCCUACGAGCGCGGCGGGGAUGUUUCACCCAGCCCGUACAGCAGUUGGCGUCGCUCUCGCAGCCCCUACAGCCCUGCUAUCAGAAGAUCAGCAAAAUCCAGAAGCAGAAGCCCUUAUUCAUCAAGGCACUCAAGAUCUCGCAGUAGGCACAGAUUAUCAAGAUCCAGAAGUCGGCAGUCGAGUAUUUCUCCUAGUACUCUGACUCUAAAAAGUAGCCUGGCUGCAGAAUUGAAUAAGAACAAAAAAGCUAGAGCAGCAGAGGCAGCCAAGGCCAAUGCGAAAGCUUCAAACACAUCUACACCUACGAAGGGAAGCACUGAAAACACUGGGUUGACCAUUCCUCAAGCGAACAAUGUGAAGGAACUGAAGAAGAUAAAAACUGAACACAUACCUUCCCCUUCAGGUGGUACAGUCUUGAAAAAUGAUAAGGCAAAGGCUAAAGUCCCUGUUCAGGAGACAAAGAGCGAAAACAAUUUGACUGUAGAGAAAGCUGCUAAGCAAAAAGUUUUGGUGGUGAAAGAGAGUAAAGCAACUCCUGUUAAGCCACCAGUGCAACCUGCUCCAGUGAAAGAGAAAAGCAAGCCCCACCCACCAAGUGUAGCACCUAAGGAAAAGGAUCGCAGUGUUUCACUAAUAACCUCCACGCUGCCACCCCUGCCUCUUCCACCUAUGCUGCCUGAAGAUAAAGAUACAGAUAGUUUUCAAGGGAGCAUUUCUGUGAAAGCUGUUAAAAAAGAAGUGGAGAAGAAAUUGCGCCACUUGCUUGAAGAUCUGCCACUGCCACCUGAAUUGCCUGGAGGAGAUGAUUUAUCCAGAAGUCCGGAAGAGAAAAAAACACCAGUGCAGCCACAUCUUAAAAAGAGACCGAAGAUAUGUGGCCCACGACAUGGUGAAACAAAGCAAAAAGAAAUUGACUGGGGGAAACGCUGUGUUGAUAAAUUUGAUAUCAUUGGCAUUAUUGGAGAAGGAACUUACGGGCAAGUUUACAAGGCAAGAGAUAAAGAUACAGGGGAAAUGGUGGCACUGAAGAAGGUACGGUUGGAUAAUGAGAAGGAAGGCUUUCCAAUUACAGCUAUUCGAGAAAUUAAGAUUCUUCGACAACUUACUCACCAAAGCAUAAUCAACAUGAAGGAAAUAGUAACAGAUAAGGAAGAUGCUUUGGAUUUUAAGAAAGACAAAGGUGCUUUUUACCUUGUGUUUGAAUAUAUGGAUCAUGAUCUGAUGGGGCUCCUAGAAUCUGGCUUGGUUCAUUUUGAUGAAAGUCAUAUUAAAUCAUUCAUGAGGCAGUUGAUGGAAGGCUUGGAUUAUUGUCACAAGAAGAAUUUCUUGCACAGAGAUAUUAAAUGCUCCAACAUCUUACUAAACAACAGAGGGCAGAUCAAGCUUGCAGAUUUUGGGCUUGCUCGGCUGUAUAGUUCUGAGGAGAGUCGACCAUAUACCAACAAAGUUAUCACUUUAUGGUACCGUCCUCCUGAACUUUUGUUGGGAGAAGAACGAUACACACCUGCCAUUGAUGUCUGGAGCUGCGGAUGUAUCCUGGGUGAACUUUUUACUAAAAAACCAAUAUUUCAAGCAAAUCAGGAACUUGCUCAGCUGGAGCUGAUAAGCCGCAUAUGUGGGAGUCCUUGUCCUGCAGUAUGGCCUGAUGUGAUAAAACUGGCAUAUUUCAACACCAUGAAACCAAAGAAGCAGUAUCGUAGAAGACUAAGAGAAGAAUUUGCUUUUAUUCCCGCAGCUGCACUAGAUCUCUUUGAUUACAUGCUUGCUUUGGAUCCCAGCAAGCGCUGCACAGCUGAACAGGCACUUCAGUGUGAAUUUCUGAGAGAUGUGGACCCUUCAAAGAUGCCUCCACCAGAUCUUCCUUUAUGGCAGGAUUGCCAUGAGCUAUGGAGUAAGAAGCGCAGAAGGCAGAAGCAGAUGGGCAUGACCGAUGAUGCAACUAAAAUUCCAAGGAAGGAUUUGUCCUUGGGAAUGGAUGACAGCAGAGCCAACACACCCCAAGGCCUGCAGACCUCUUCUCAACUGAAAAUGCAAGGCAGUUCUAACAUAGCACUUGUGAAAGGAGGCAGUGGUCAGCCACUAAAUCAAAACGAAGUGGCCAUUCUCCUAAACCUGCUUCAGUCUAAAACCAGUAUUAACAUGGCACAAUUUGCUCAAGUGCUGAAUAUUAAGGUGAAUCCUGAGACUGAGCAACAGCUGAAUAAAAUAAACCUUCCAGCUGGCAUUUUGGAAGCAGGAGAAAAACAGACUGAGCCGCAGCAGCAGCAGCAGCAGCAGCAGCAGCAACAACAACAACAACAACAACAACAACAACAACAACAACAGCAACAGCAACAGCAGCAGCAACAGCAACAGCUCCCACUGCCUCUCUCACCGGACCAGGAGCCUUUAAAACAAACUGCAGCCUCUUUGCCUUCUGUGCAGCCAGCUCAAUUGAGCCAAGCAAAAGUUGACACUGAGGUCACUCAAGCAGCCGUGCAGAGUGCGUUCACAGUUUUGCUAUCUCAGCUACUAAAGACUCAGCAAGUGAAGCAAAAAGAAAACUUGUUAGAAGAAAAGGAGAAUGGAUCAGGAAAUGAAAUGCUAUUACAUCCCAGGCAGCCUCCAGAACCAAGUACGCCUGCGUCUGGUGGCACCUGGGAAGAUGCAGAAUCGCCAGUAUCUAUUUAUCCCCAUCUUAUCAAAUCAUUAUAUGCACAUGCAGGACAAGAGGACUUGGUCAGGCAACCUGAGAUGAGACCCCAGACGCCAGAGGAACGACCUCGCAUCUUGCCCCCAGACCAGCGCCCCCCUGAGCCACCAGAACCACCACCUGUCACUGAAGAAGAUCUUGAUUAUCGGACAGCGAACCAAAACCUGUCUUCAGUUAGUAGCUCUUCAGGGAUGGAUCCUCAUGCUGGAGUGAAAGCAGCUCUUCUACAGCUGCUUGCUCACCAUCAGGCUCAAACAACGGAGAAACCAGCAACAUCUAGUAUGGAUUUCCAAUCAAGAGACUCUUUUGUAGCAGGUUCAGAUUAUAAGGAUAGUUUUGGGUCAUCUACAUUCUCCUCUGCUCAUUACAGCAGUAGUGAUGGAAUAGGAAGUGGAUCAUCUGGGACACUAGAAAGGGGAAACUUCAUUGGAAAUUCAGAUGUUCAACCCUUGGAGACCUACAGUACUGCUUCAUCUCACUCUAGUGGUGCCCCUCCACCUCCUGCCUUUUCAGAACCAUUUCAUAGCUCAGUAACUGGUUAUGGAGACAUUUACCUCAACACUGGUCCCAUGCUAUUUAGUGGUGAUAAGGACCAUAGAUUUGAAUAUAGCCAUGGUCCCAUCACAGUUCUGGGUAACAGUGGUGACACAUGCACAGGGUCUGAAAGUACUCAUUCCUUGUCCUCAAAGACACAGAACUAUAGCUAUGGAAGUAAUUUACAAGAACCCCCUGGCAGUGUUAGCCACAUGCAUGGACAAACAUGGACUUCUCCUGCCCAAGGACCUGGAUAUUCACAAGGAUACAGGGGACACAUUAGCACAUCAAGUGUCAGAGGACGAGGCAGAGGAUUGCCAUAUUGAGCAUCUGUUUCUUUCUUUUUCCCUCAGGCACAUCGUUUUUACCUGGAAAGACUUCGUAGCUGUGAUUUCAAAGCAGCAAUCCAAUAGACUUGAAUAAUGUUAAUUCAACAGCUUUAUUUUUAUGUGGAAAAGGGUCUUGCAUACAAUAAGAAAUUGCUUACAAUUCAUGCUUUUCUGAGAACCAGAUAAUUGAUUGUACAUCUUUGCAAAUUCUAGCUAUAAAUUUUAUAUUUUGGCAGUUAAGUCGAUGCUAAAUUUAGGGACAUCAGCUUUUUAUGGCACAUUGUCAGAUCUGAACUAUGCACACACUUGUGCUUUUUUUGUAAGUUUGGACCAACUUUUAUGUAAAAAUUUUACAACAAUCAAAGCAGGGCACUGAUUUAUUUGGUAUUUCUUUUUACAAAACUACCUUUUAGUCAAAAAGUCACUGUCAGUCUUUGCACUGCUUUCAGUGUUAUCUGUGGAAGGAGUUCUUUGUGCUCAUUUCAGACAAUAAAACACAGUCUUUCUUGAUAUAACAGUUUUAUACAUAUUUGGGCAUUGAUUUGAUUUACUUUCAAAGUCAUUCGUCCAGUAAAAUAUCCUGUCCAUCUUCCCAGCGUUUGUAUAAAAACUGUUUUACUUGAAUGGUAAGUGCCUUUACAAUGUAAGCUUAAGGUCUGAAGAACAUUUCAUUAAAUUCAAAAGGCUGUUGGAAGGUACUUUGUAGUUUGAUACAAAUAUUUAAUAUUUACCCUACAUUCAGAGUAAAUUAUGGACAAGGGGAAUAGAUGGCAUUCUUUAUGAGAUUCUUACAAGCAGUUAGAAAAGUCAAAUUAGAAAAACUUUCUCUUUCCCAAAUUACAACCAUCCCUUUAAUGAAUUAAGUGAAGAAAAAUGAGAAUGUAUGGACAGUAAUGAAAAAAGGUAGGUUUCCUUCCUUCCAUUUUCUGUAAGAGCUCUUAUUCUAAUUCCUUUACCAAAUAAAAGUUAGUGUCCUGUUUUAUUCAAAAUAGUCUUUUUAUUAAAAAACAACAACAGACUAGCAUAUUGUUACAUCAAAUUAACAAUAACUAGUUUUGUGUAGGAAAACUGACACCUGCUUUUUCCACAUAAUUUGCUGCAGAAUGUAACCAAAGUUACAUAACCAGCAUUUAAUGCAAUGAACUUAAUAGGCAGUUAAGACUUAUGAAAACUGGGACUGUGCCAACCAAUUCUGUAUUAAACUAUUCCACUAACUUGCUACUUGAUUUGAAUCUGUUUUGAAAUUUCAUCACAUGUUCAGUCUAUAAGCAAAAGAUGGUUCCAAGGAAGUACCACUCUGGCUCCAAAGAUGAUGAUUUCCAGCAAUAUAAAAUUGUUCUGUGAGAAUGAGAUUCAGCCAGGAGACUGGCUAGGCUUUCUGUGUACUGAAAUGUUUUUAAAUGACCAUAUUGGAAAAAACAGUUCCCAACUGAUUAUCCAGUUGAUAAGUUAGUGCACAUGUAGCUAUUUUCUAAAUAUGUAAUGUUUCUAUGAACAAAAUUACAAAUGUAGUCUUGUCAGCUGUGACUUCAAUCUUUUAGAAGCAAACCUAACAUUGUCUGCUUCAAAUUCUUGACUUAAGUGAAUUUUGCAUUGUAGGGUGUCAAAUUUGUUGGAACUCCCCUGUAAAUAUGACAUUGGUCAUCUGCAGUAUCGUUUAGAGAAUCCUGACUGAAAAUAAAAGCAGCUAAACUGGAAGAAAAUACUUAAGCUUAA